AUGCAUGGUGCUAGACUAACGGAUGAUAGAGAUUCUGAUUCAUAUAUGAACAACGAUUUCAAAAGACAUAAAUUGUCUGCUGGUCGGAUGGGUCGACGGUUUACACUUAAUCCAUUAAUUUUUGCUAAAGAGGAACGUGACUUGAGACGACAAUCAUUGGCACAGCUUAAAUUAUCAUACUAUCCAAUGAAUGCUCAUCGUAA